AUGUUCUUGUAUGAGUUCUUGGACAAACAGUUUAAUAUUGAUGAUGAUUUAGGAAAUCUUCUUAGGGCUUUACAAAUAGGGAUGAUCGAAUUACAUCUAGUAGAAUAUGAAUUAAAACUUAAAAUUGUGACAAAUUAUCAGAAUUUCAUAACUAUUUUAAGUUUAAAUAAAUAUUUCUGGAUAUUAUAUCCAGAAAAAAACAUUCAGAUUGAUAAAGAAAUUAUAAAGGAAUUAUGCGCAAAAAAUAAUUCAUCUAUAGUUCUUGGGUGUGCACACAAAUUUAAUGCAGAUUCAUGCUUGCUUAAUAUAAUCUUAAGGUUUAAAAAAUGUACUGCGAGUGAUUGCAAUCAUCAGCUAUAUGAAAUUGAGAAAAAUAUGAUUAAAAGGCUUUUGGGAAAAAUUUAG